UGAUUUUCGUCAUAGUAGUCAUAGCGUAGUAAGGAUUCACUAUGGAGGUCCCUUACAAGUUAGAAGUGAUUGCUUUGACUACAAUCAUCAUUAAACUGGGUGUCUCAGUUUUCCCAUAUUCUGGCAAAAAUCAACCUCCAAAAUUUGGAGAUUAUGAAGCUCAAAGACAUUGGAUGGAAAUUACGGUUAACUUACCCAUACAGGAUUGGUAUAGAAAUACAACAGACAAUGAUUUAUUGUACUGGGGACUGGAUUACCCUCCUCUCACAGCAUAUCAAAGCUACCUAACUGGAUCGGUGGCUAAGAAAAUCAACCAAGACUAUGUAAAACUCCAUGUGUCUCAGGGAUUUGAAAACUUUGACCACCAAUAUUUCAUGAGGAUGUCCGUCCUUGUGUCUGAUUGUAUUUUCUUUGUCAGUGCACUUUAUUUUUACAUUAGAAGCUUGAAGAUGAGUAAUAAGUACAAAUGGGUUUUCUUUGCUUUGUCCUCACACUCUGGACUCACCCUUAUAGAUUAUGGUCAUUUUCAGUACAAUUGUGUUUCGUUGGGGUUGACCUUGUGGGCAAUCAUUUUUGUUUCUCAGGGAAAGAAUGUGUUAGCAGCAAUUGCCUUUUCAGCUGCCUUAAACUUUAAGCAGAUGGAGUUGUAUCAUGCAAUACUUCUAUUUGCUGGCUUCUAUUUGCUGGCUUCCUGUCAACCUAAAGGUUCCUCACUUCCCUCCCAACUAAAGAAUUUGGUCCAGAUUGGCGCUGCCACAGUGGCGACCUUUGCAAUCAUUUGGUAUCCAUUUCUUCAAAUUCAUGAUUGGCUUUUACAGCAAGUCAUCGUCAGACUCUUUAUUCCUUUUCAGCGUGGAAUCUUUGAAGACUAUGUCGCCAAUUUUUGGUGCACGCUAAAUGUUGUGAUCAAAAUCAAACGACUAUUAAACCCAACCUCAAUCGCCUCGGGAACUAUCACCUAGGCCAUGCCCGUGCCUGAAAGAAAAAGUCAGGACGUUGAUUCGAACGGAUUCGAAUGCAACGAGCACUAAGUACGGUCACAUUAUUGGAGGAAUGACCGUGUGCUUGGUUCGUGAUUUGGAGUCACAAGUGAUAGCUGCAAGCUGAUAUCACUCGAACCACUGCACCAACCCGACUAAGCGUAUACUUACCUAUCAUACUUACCAUACGAAAUUUGCUUCAUCAAGUCUUUUAUACUGUCUCAUAGAUGAUCGAAAAAAGCUGCAGCUCAUUAUGGCGUCAGUUUAGCUUUAAUGCUAAAUUUCGCAAACACGGUGAACUAGAUUGACAAUAAUAAAAAAUGAACUUUAUUCGUCA